AUGAGUUCUCUGGGUCAUGUGAUGUCCACACUUGUGGUCCAGGAGCGUCACCUCUGGUUGAGUCUGGUUGACAUGAGGGACGCCGACAAAGUUCGAUUCCUUAAGAGAAAGCAGUCAGGAAUCCUGAAAACACAUGAGAGGAUCCACACUGGAGAGAAACCAUACAAGUGUUCACACUGUGACAAAAGAUUCAGUCAGUCAGGAAUCCUGAAAACACAUGAGAGGAUCCACACUGGAGAGAAACCAUACACAUGUGAUCAGUGCGGGAAGAGUUUCACACAAAAAGAACACCUUAAGGGGCAUAUGAGGGUUCAUACUGGAGAAAAGCCAUUCUCUUGUGAUCAAUGUGGGAAGAGCUUUGCACACUCAGCAAACCUUAAGGAUCACAUGAACAUCCACACUAGAGAGAAGCUGUACUCAUGUGAUCAAUGUGACAAAACAUUUUUGAGGGCAUCAUACCUAAAGAGACACCAGAGGAUUCACACUGGAGAGAAACCUUACAAGUGUUCACACUGUGACAAGAGAUUCGGUCGGUCAGGACACUUGAAAACACACGAGAGGAUCCACAUUGGAGAGAAACCUUACAAGUGUUCACACUGUCACAAGAAAUUCAGUCGGUCAGGAACUCUGAAAACACAUGAGAGGAUUCACACUAGAGAGAAACCGUAUCACUGCACUGCAUGUGGGAAGCAUUUCAAUCGUUCAUAUUCUCUACACAGACAUACAAAAAACAAUCACAGUAAGUAGAUCAUCUUCAGAUCAGCACUUUCAGGUCUGAUGCUGCAUCCUCACCAAAUGAGACACAAUAAUGCAUUAAACAAUAAAAUAUCAUCUGGAUAAAUCUGUCCUAACCAGACAU